GCCKAGCCGCCACGGCCGACGGUGGCUGCCUCCGCCUGUGGCCGCCGGAAGCUGGGCCUGUCGCGGGGCGGCCGCGCGGCUGAGUGCUAGGAUGGCGCGCCAGGUGCCCAUCAGCUUCAUGGACUUGGCCGUGCGGUUCUCCGAGGAGGAGUGGAGGCUGCUGGAGGAGCGGCAGCGGGAGUUCUACCGAGACGUGAUGCGGGAGAACUACGAGACGCUGGUCUCCGUGGGGACAGAUGAGCUGCUUCCCCUUUCUGCUUUUCUGUCACCUACGGAGCCUGGAGCAGCUAUGGGAGGAGGGAGUAGAGGUGAUGAGGGGCAGGAGCCUCCUGUAAAGGGAAGCCCCCAGGGAAGACAGCCUCGGCACAGCCUGCACCUUACCGCCCUGGUUCAGUUGGUGAAGGGGAUCCCAGAGUUCUUGUUCCGGGAAGUCAAGGGCACUGAGGACAGCCCUGAGAGCGGGGGAACCAGCCUGGACGGGGAAAGAGCGAGCCCUGAGGUGACCAUGGAAGAGGAGUCUUGCCCUCCCCCAGGUCUGCUCAGCUGCCUUCCGGACAGCCCUGUGAGCCAGCCCAGCCUGGCCACUACACCGACCAGCAGUUCGUCCUCCAGUGGCCCGCCUGGAGAUGGGGGGCCCGGAAGGCCCCUCCUCAUCAAAACUGUGGACAAACCAUGGCCCACAGGAAGGGGAGGCCCAGGAACGCCUGCUGAGGAGCUGAGCCCUCCCACCUGCAGCUCUGGCCAGAGGAAGAGCCACCAAACCCAGGAGAGAGGGACCCCAGGGACUGGAGUCUCUCCUGGGAAUAGCCCCUUGCAAGGCCUCAUCAACUGCCUGAAAGAAAUCCUUGUGCCUGGGCCCCAGAAUGCUGAGGCAGCACCAAACUUACUACCUGCUGUCCCUCUCCUGGGUGCAUCAAGGUUGACCGUGGUGAAGCCGGGGCCAGCAGGGCCAGCAAGCCCACCCUGGCCAGUGAAGACUGAGUCACCUUCGGGGGAUCCUCCUCUCCAGGGUCUGCUGAACUGUCUGAAGGAGAUCCCAGAGGCCCAGGACAGGUGUCCCAACCCCUCAGGAGCAGGGGACCUGCUGCUACAAGAGGAUCCAGGGACCUUGAAUAAGAAUUCUGAAGGGUCCAGACACCUCCAGACCCCUCCUUCCUGCCCUGGUACUGAAGCUGGCAGCUCAUUCACUGUGGUCAAGGUAGAGGACAGCUGGUCCCAGAGCCACUUGGAGCCUGUAUCCUGCCAGCUUGGUAGGCAGGGCCAUGGCCUCUCUGCUACCAGAGACACCAAAGGGAUCGGAACACACUGCUGGGGCCCCACAGCUCAAGCCAGCAGGGCCUCAAGCUCACCACUGGCAGCUCUGGAGGCCUGUCUGAAAGGCAUUCCCCCAGGUGGGUCAUCACCACUCCGGACACUGGCCACCUCUGUGUCCCAGCGGUCAGAGCUGCAGUCUCAAGGAUCACACAGUGAAGAGGCCACCAAGGAGCCACCCCUGCCUCUGGGCCUGCAGGGCUAUGUGAGAGAGAGUCUGGCUCAACCCUCAGGCUCCCGAGGCACCCCCACCAGCUUUUCCUCAGCCUGCAGCACCGAUGGGGACCUGGAAUUUGGGAGUCCUGCGGGGAGCCAGGGACAGCGGCCUGGAAAAGGAUGCCUGCCAGGAAGCUCCCCACUCCAGGGGCUGGAGAACUGUCUCAAAGAGCUGCCGGUACCCAGGCAGCAGCCUGCCCGGGCUUGCUUCUCAGCAGCAGACAGGGAGCCCAGGAGAGUGGAACCUAAGAAUUGGAUGGCGUACAAGGAAGGACUGAGGGGUGAGGCCUCUGAGUCAUCCUGCCUCAGACAGGGUGGAGAAGUGCCUGCCGGGAGCCUGCAUCUGACCAGCCCACAGGCCUUCACCUCCAGCUACAUCCGCACCUGCCACCAAGGGUUCAAAGAACAGGGGACCAUCAGGCAGGAGCCGUGGAAAUGGCUGCAAGAUGGGGCAGCCCCCAGGCCCUCCCCACUGCACUGUCUAGAGACCUCUCUGAGGGGGAUCUUGCCUGUGAGGCCCUUGCGCUUUGCCUGCUUGGUGGGCCCUGGCCCUGGCCCUGGCCCCAGCCCCAGCCCUGGCGCCAGCUCAAGCCUCAGCAGCUCUGAUGAAGAUGCACGGAUGGAACCCGAGCCCUGGCGGCCACCCCUUCAGGAGAUAGAGCACCUUCGCAGCUGCAAGCAUCCAGUUCCUCUGUCCCCUGGCCCUGGUAGGUCCCCCAGAGGCAACAUUGGCAGCAGCCCUCGUGACGGGCAUGAUAGAAGAGAGCUUGAGGACCGCAGUGGCCUUGGUGCAGGAAAAGCAGAAGGGACAGGAGGCAAGUCCCGGUCACCCAGGAGAGAAGAGGCUGCAGAGAGUGCCUGCCUACCCAUCCCUCUCAGCAGUGCCGCAGGAGGAGGAGAGGCAGCAGGGCAUCCCUGGCCUGCCCCUCAGCUGGAAGAAAGGCCCGGGUCCGGGGGAGGUGAAGAACCCAGAAGCCUAGAGCCUGGAUGUGGAAGGCACAGUGUUGCAGCCAGGACCCAAAGGAGGCAGCUCCCCAGGGACCCACCUGAGCCACCCAGCAAGUGUCCCCCUCCAGCAGCUGACUCACCGUUGUGGCCAGCUGCCUCCCCGCAGCCACCAUGCCCCUGUGGGAGGCCCCUGCAACAGGAGCUGCACAGUCUUGGUGCUGCGCUCACAGAGAAGCUGGACCAGCUGGCCACAGCCCUGGCAGGACUGGCUCAGGAAGUAGCCACAAUGAGGACCCAAGUGGAUCGGCUGGGGAGGCGCCACCAGGGUCCUGGGCCAAAGCGCCAGGCUUCCUGGCCCUGGUCACUCCCCCGGGGGCCUCGCUGGGCCAAUGGACUGGGUCACAGACACGUGCCCUCCUGGAGGCAAAAGGGCCCUGCCAGACCUAAACCAAAGAUCCUGCGGGUCCAAGCAGAAGGCUGCCGGACAGGUGACCCCCUGGGACUCCCCAGAGGGAGGGUCCACCUGGUGCCCCCUGAUGCUGCCCCAGCAGAACCUUCCAGACCCAGACCCAGCCCAUCUCAGCAGCUCCCCUCCAUGGCACCCAACUGCCACACUGUGCUGACUGGGCACCCCCUUCUUGGACAUCCUGGGUGCCAAGGCCCUCUCCCCACUUUUGUGCCUGCUGCCUCCCCCCUGAUGUCUCUUGCAACAAGUGCAGACAUGGAGCCACUGCCUGCAGGGGCAGCACCAGUCAGGGUCCAAACCAGGCAAAGAUCUUUGCAGCCUGUGGGAGAGCCCUCCUGGGGACCCUCUGGGGUGGUGAACACAGGAGCCCACGGUGAGGCCCCUCAGCAGCUCAGCUGUCUGAGGACACAGGCACCCCGGGUGCCCCUUGCCAGCCCCAGGCUGCCCUCUGCCAGGGUGGGCCUUCCUCCCCUGCUCUGCUGGCAUCCCCUUGCCAGAUGCCCGCCCUUUGCCCUGGUAGUGCCAGCUCAGUGGCGUCUGCUCAGGAGGUUGCUGUGGGGUGCACUCCUCACUAUGCCUCUGGUGUCUUGGCUCAGGUUCAGUCAGAUGCUGCUCCCUCCUAUCCUCACGAGGACCAUCCACACUCAGGUGGUGGUGUGCGUGCACACAGAGCCGUGUAUGGUGACCAUGAGGCCCUUUCCCUGACCACUGCCCCUCCUGAUCUUGGAGCCCAGCAGAGGGCUGGGCCCUUGCUUUCCUGGAGUAAAUGCUGACACAUGUGGUUUUGAGAGAACUCUGCCCUGCGGUCUAAGCUGGAUGACCAGUGUGGGUUCUAAAGGACGUUAGCUGCUGAGGAAGGGCCCUUGGCUCCUAUAGGAAGGCACUUGGUGGGGGCCCACACUGGGGCAUGGUUGGCUGGRCUGGGCCCCCAGUACAGUGGGGACAGUGCAGCUCAGUGUCCCACAUACAUGCACUUCUGGAGACGCCAAGGCACCUUAGCAGUGCUGCUCCCAAGGGGCUAGCCUGGGGCUGCCCAACAAGUGCACAGGCUGGCGUUGCACGCCCGAAGCCUGAGCUCAGGAUCCUCAGGGUUGGUUCUUUCUGCUGGCCACGAGGGCAGGUCUGUACCAGACUCUGUGCACAGGCACAGAGAGGUGCCAUCUUUGUAUCUGCAGUGUCUCGUGCAUCUCUGUCUCCGGGUACCUGCUUUGUGUCAGGGUGCCAGCUGUGUUGGGGAGGCCUGCCCACUUCUAUAAAGACCCUCUCUUUAAGUAAGGCCUGAGGUCCUGGGCACAGGCUGGGACACCGGCCCAUAACACACAAGGGAAUGGGGUCAGUCUUGGGUUUGUGUUGGACACCAGUGGCAUGACCACUGUCACUAAGCAGGCUCCUGCCCUGCUGGGUGGGACAGACCAGCCUGUGGCCCCGUCGUGGACACUGGACAGUGCUCCAGUGCCGCUCACCUCAUCUCCAGAGCCAGGGCUCCACCCACAUCCUCAUUUAAUCUGAAGAACGUCCAGGAAUUGUGCCAAUGCACACAGGGCCCUGGGGACCCUGGGUGCCCCUGCUGAAGCCCAAGGCCACAAGGGACCUCUGUCCACAAUGACCAUGCAAGCUGCUUUGCCCAGUGUGUCCCUAAGGCGUGGGCCACUGGAGACAGCUGUGACCUGGUGCCCCUCCAGGUCCUGCAUGGGACUCACCCCUCCUUGCUGCUGGCUGCCAGUGGUGUGUCAGCAGAGCAGCCCGGGGCAGAGACCACCACAAAGGGGCAUUGAAGGUGCUUACAGGACCAGAGCAAGUGCCGAGCCGGUGGCGUGGAAGUCAGCAUGCGUCAGAUUGUGUAGGCAGGAUGUUGACUGGAAGAAGUGGCCUCUCCCCAGCUGUGCUGACAGGACGGGAAAGUCCUCAGCUCCUGUUCCAGAGUAGCACUGGGCACUUUUCAGCACCAACAGGCAGGGGUAGGACGCAGACUGGCUGGAGAGGUGUCCCACGAGGUGGCCCUUGCCUGGAGGGAGGGAAUUCUGUCCAUCUGCUGAAACACGCCCUCUCCUCUCUCCUCUCCCUUCUAAGCAGGCCAGUGGGAAGGGUCCCACUUUUAGUGGGACAUCAAGGUAGCUUUUGUCCCCUGGGCUUUACAGACAGGCAGCACAUGAGCCCUGUGCCACAGGGGCAAAGGGACAGUUUGGCACAUGAAAUACUUGCUCAGGGUCACAGCUGCUGAUGGUAGAGCUGGAAAGAGCUAGCAUUCUUCUCAUUGUGCCCAGCACUUGGCCCCUCCUCCUCCGUGAGCCACCUCCUCCUGCCUGAGCCUGUCCCUGACAGGAGAGUCAGGACUGACCCAGCCCAGGUUGUCCAGGGCUCACCAGACUACUGUGGUCGAAGAAGUGUGGACCAUGGGAUGUGAAUGGUCAAAUGGUAGGAAGCUCCCUGAUGGGCAGCUGUGUUCAUCUUGCAGGAAGCAGGUCUCUAGCGUCUUCCACAACUGCUAGCUGAAGAGCCUUCUAGAGUCUGAUUUGAUGAGAGGCUAUAUACAAUAUAAGUAUUUGGUGCUGUGUCCAGCUGCUGUGCAGGGGCUCUUUUGGAAAAGAAAUAUAGCCACUUUGAGGAAAACAGGACCUUUCUGAGGGGCCCGGAGGUGGGGACAACCAAGGCUCCAGGUCUGCAUGCCACCAUCCUGGGAAGCAGCUCCCAGCUGGCCUGAGUGCAGGUCCUCCCUCCCUCCCUCCCCACCCAGCUCAUGAGGGGCCCUCCUCCUACUCCAUCUCACCCUGCCAGCCCAGGCCCUCAUGAGGCAGGAAAGUGGGAAGGUCCCACUCAGAUGUGAGUAGUUUUCCCAUAUCCCCACCCAAGCCACCCCUAAGUGUCCAGUGGAAUUGGGGGAGAGAGUACAGGGACCACAGUUCACUGCCUGUCAACACCAUGCAGUUCACUGCUCCCUCCUAAAGGGGCCUCAUGCACUGGUAGCCAGAUUGCUCUUGGGUUUGUUAAUACUUUUUUAGAUAUUGAUGAAGCUUUAUUUUAUUUAUUUGUAUGCGGUGCUGAGAAUCGAACCCAGGGCUUUACACAGGRUAGGCAAGUGCUCUACCCCUGAGCCACAACCCCAGCCCCGCCAGAUUGCUCUUGACCUCACAUCUCCAUGUGUUAAAUGUGCCUCCUAUCAACCAUUUACAUGUGGAUUUUAUCUCAUAAUCCAUCUUAAAUUUUAUUCUGGGACCCCUUAACCCAUUUAAAUGUAACAAUUACAGAUAAU